UAUGACUCUCACUGUAAUUAGCGUCUAGUGGCACACACGUCCAAUCUCUCUCUCUCAAAAGCAAAGCAAAAAGCUGAGAGUGGAGAACGAGAAUGGGAUAUAGUAUAGAGGAGAAAGAAGAAAAGCCAAGGCCGCGUGACUAGUAGUACUACCCUGUGUUGCACUACAGCUUAAGCAAUGGUGAGGUCGAUUCUUCAUCUUCUUCAAUGGCUUCUCGUGUUCUGCUCCGUCUUCUCUCCGGCCUCGGCGAAGCGCGCGCCUUAUGCGAUGCGCAUAAACUGUGGAGCUCGUCAUGAUGUUCAUACAGAGCCAACCAAUACACUGUGGUAUAGGGAUUUCGGAUAUACAGGGGGAAUUCCUAGUAAUGCUUCACUCCCGGGUUAUGUCAGUCCUCACCUUGAUACGCUGAGAUAUUUUCCGCUGUCUGAAGGUCCUGAAAAUUGUUACCAUAUCAAUAGAGUUCCUCAAGGACACUACUCAGUGAGGAUUUUCUUUGGAUCGGUUAAAUCAAAAAGCGAUGACCUUGAGCCUUUAUUUGAUAUUUCUGUCGAGGGUACUCUGAUUACUUCUUUAAAAUCUGGUUGGAGCAACCAGGAUGAUCAAGUUUUUGCCGAAGCACAAGUGUUUCUUACUGAUGGCUCUGUUUCUAUCUGCUUUCAUAGCACUGGUCAUGGUGAUCCAGCAAUCCUUGCCCUGGAAAUUCUUCAAAUUGAUGAUCAAGCAUACCAUUUCAGCCAACAAUCUGGUCAAGGAAUAAUUCUUAGAACAGUGUCAAGAUUGAGUUGUGGUGAUGGAAAGCCAAAGUUUGGUGCUGACUACGGUGGGGAUCCGUGGGGCGGUGAUAGGUUUUGGAGACCUACUAAAACCUUUGGUCAGAGUGGUACUAUGGCAAUAUCCACUGAAACCAGCAUUAAGCAGGUUUCAAAACCACCAAACUUUUAUCCAGCAGGGCUUUAUAAGAAAGCAAUUGUGAGUUCCGACAGUCAGCCCGAUUUAGAAUAUACCAUGGACGUUGAUCCUAAUAGAAACUACUCGAUCUGGUUACACUUUGCUGAGAUAGAUCCAGCGAUCACUGGUGUAGGUCAGAGAGUAUUUGACGUUAUUAUAAAUGGUGACAUUGCAUUUGAAGAGGUGGAUAUUGUCAAACUGAGUGGGGACCGUUAUUCUGCUCUUGUACUUAACAGAACUGUUCCCGUUAAUGGGAGGAGUUUGACAAUAACCUUGCAACCUACAAAAGGUGAUCAUGCCAUAAUCUGUGCAAUUGAGAUAUUUGAAAGUAUAUUCGCCGAGUCGAAAACUUUACCAGAUGAAGUAAAGGCUUUACAAACAUUGAAGACUACAUUAGGGCUUCCUGUUCGGUUGGGGUGGAAUGGUGAUCCGUGUGUUCCCCAGCAACACCCAUGGAGUGGAGCAGAUUGCCAAUUGGAUAGAAAUAGCAACAAAUGGGUUAUUGACGGACUGGGUCUUGACAACCAAGGUUUAAAGGGAUUUUUGCGGGAUGACAUUUCAAAAUUGCGUCAUCUACAGAGCUUAAAUCUUAGUGGAAAUAAAAUACAUGGAGCCAUUCCAACCUCGCUUGGAGCAAUACCAAGUUUGGAAGUUUUGGACCUCUCAUACAAUUCCUUCAAUGGAUCAAUCCCUGAAACACUCGGACAGUUGACCUCGUUAAAAAGACUAUAUCUUAAUAGCAACUCUUUGUCCGGAAGGGUUCCAGCUGCUCUGGGAGGAAGGCUUUUGCACAGAGCUAGCUUCAACUUCACUGACAACCAUGGCCUCUGUGGUAUGCCUGGAUUGCGUACAUGUGGGCCACACCUCACCGUCGGUGCAAAAAUUGGACUUGCAUUUGGUGUCUUGGGGUUUUUCCUUCUUAUCGUUACAUGUUCAGUAUGCUGUUGGAAAAGGAGGCAGAAUAUACUGCGAAUUCAGCAAAUGGCCGCAAGAGAAGCUCCAUAUGCAAAGAAAAGGACCAAUUUAUCCCAGAACAUCCAGCUGUCCAGGCACCAUAAUCAUCAUGGCCAAUCGCGGACAGCAGCUGAGAAUGGACCUAUCUUGCUUUCAUGAUCCGAGAAACCUUCACCUCACCCUAUGCCUAAUCUGGUCGAAUUCUGCUAUUGCUUGGAUGCCCGGACUGAGUUUGAUCCACGACAUGAAUCCCCGACCAUUCGAUAUGUGGACUUGCAUGCUUACAUCAGUACAGUUUCUCGCGACCCUGAUAUGUAAGUAACGCCUAGAGGAUCCAGUAGAAACACUUACAGAAGAUCAGAUCCCUCAUUGGGUGCCAUAUGUUGUACAUUGCUCCAAUUCUUUCUCCUUUUCAGUUUUGGUAAAGUUUGUUACACUCUUAUACGUGGAGGAAGUGAUGCAUAUAAAGAUCAAAAUGUUACUUCCUCCCAAUAUUUCCAUAUUGAAUUCCGGACUGUUAAUUCUUAGUCUACAUUGUCGUGGCUCUGUUAGGUCAACGAAAGGGUUUGUUUCAAAGGGCCCCGUUUCACUUUGUAACAUCAUUCGGUUUGCAGGGAAAAUGUCGCACAUACCUGAUA